AUGUUAUUGCAAAAACGAAACACGGCGUUCCUUUCUUCUUUGCCUGUCGCACUGAACUCCGCAGCGGAGACCAUUUUUGACGUUUAUUCACCAGUUUCGACGGUGUUUCCCGGUCACUUCCUGGCUGGCACCGAUUUACGCCUUUGUGCGGUCAUACCGGGUGACAAUUUCCCAAAGCGGGCUAAAGAACUUCUGGUACUGUACACAGCUCUCAAAUAUUAG